AUGCCCUCCCUCACUCUGACCGACCCGGACAUGAUCCUGCCCUAUGGCAGCGAGCGCGAAUCCCAGACUCCCUCCCCGCCUUCCCAGCUGGUCUAUUUGUCCAAUUUGAAUGCGCGCUACUCUGGCGAUGCGCAUUCCAACGGUCGACCCAAGAAAAUUUUUUCGCGACACUGGGCCAACGACGACGUGAACAAUCGCCGGCUGUCCGACAUAGGCGAGGAAAUCUCGCCGUCACGAUUAGGAGGGUUCGACGAUGAGGACGGUUCACGCGACGAAAUCGAAAGGAGGGCGAGCUCGCCUGGUGCAAAAGAGCAAUUGGCCACUACUGAGACGGAGGAGUACACGGGGAGUAGCUCGAGCUCAACUGUGAGCGCGGGGAGCAUUCGCGCUUCGACAACGAAGCAGGCAUCGUCGCCACAGGUUGCUGCUAAGUCGUCGCCGAAUCCUGCGGACAGUGUGAACAAGCCGGAAAAUGGAGAUGUUGGCAAGACCGGCUUGCCUGGCACUGUCAUUGCCUCUACUGUUGCGAAGGGCAAGGGUCCUGGAGACGAAUUCUCAUCCGCGAUCCUGAGCAGCGAGGCUGAGAGGAUUCUAGAGAAUGCAAAGAAGCGCUUGAUGCUGAUGGAGGGGAACCUCAGUCGCGCUCGUUCAGCGGUGCGACUCACGCCCUCGCCUUCGCACACAUCGCCGGCGACUUCACCUAUUGGGUCUCACCAGCCGGGUGGUUUGUAUCAAUCGAUUUCCCAUCGCAAGGGUUCUGCGCUCCGUCGACAGUCACUGGUUGCGUCGCAGGAUGCUUCGGCGAACCGGCACUCGCGCGUGCACAGCGAGACUAACUUCCCGUCUGAGUCUAUGUCAAAGGAUACAAAAAAGGUGUCUCGGUCUGUGAGUGCGAUGGGCUCCAGUAGUCGAACCAAUUUAAAUACCGACGAGAGAUCUUUCCAAUAUGGGCCUGGCAGGGCAUAUCUUACGCACCGUGCAUCGAUUUCGUCGAUGCAAACGCCACAGCAAGUGAAUCAGCAAGCGUCCCCCGAAGCCGCGCAAUCGCCUGUCAUCGAGCAAUCUCAAGACAGUAGCCCCGCCGACUCUCCGAAAGGACUGGGUAUUUCUUCGGAGGAUGAUGUCAAAUCAAACCCGCGUGAUUUCAGUCCCGUCUACAGCUCGUGCGGCCCACCCAGUCGGGCUCAGUCUCAGCUGCAGGUGCGUGAUCUGCAGUACCAGAUGAAGGGUCUUCAUAUCAAGAUUUCUUCACUUAAAGUGCGAAAUCAAGAGGACAAUCUUCGCCGACGCAGUCUCCAAAGCUUGCGCACGCCUAGUCCUUUAACAGCUGCGGAUCCCUGGUAUAAAAAUGGUCUGGAGCUUCGAGAAGGCCAGAGCAGCCGGGGAUCCAAUACGAGACGAGAUGGCAGCUCUGAAUACACUCGAGAAGUCCGCUCCCCAAAUCCCAAUGGUACUGCUAAAUUCCAAGGCGAGAAUAACGCAGCCAAGCGGAGUGGUAACAGUCCCUUGGAGCCAACCUCGGCGAAAGCCUCGCCACCAACAGGGCAUGUUCCUUGGCAAACACCACCCGUGAGCUAUGAAGAUGGUCGGCAAUCCGUCGCAGAGAGCAUGUAUGAAGACGCUGAGGAGGGCGAAAUCGACCGAGAGGCCCUUGAUGAAAUAUUGCGCGAACCGCUCGAUGCAGAUUUGGAAGAAUACGCUGCCGAAGGCGUGCCGCACGAGGAGCGCGAGGAUGCCUUUGACUACGAACACUUCAUUUUGCACAGUGCCCUAGGCAACUACUCGCGCCAGCUUCGCCGACCCAGUCAGGUUUCUCAAGAGUCUACUGACACGACCCGGCCGUCCCAGGCCUCGCGGUCUCGUCAGCAAUCUCGCUCUCGCUCUCGACAGCCUUCUCGGUCACGAUCAAUCAAACACUCGCGCAAUAACAGUGCCAUGUCUGUCUCGACCGUCGCUACAUUUGCUACCGCAAUGGAAGGCGAUGAGAUGACUGAGGAAGAAGAAGACCUCCUCUACUGGGACCGUCGAUUUAAUCAUGAACUUCGCCGCCAACCAAGUCCUGUCCUCGAGACUGACCGCUCAGAGACACCGCGCGGGCCCCGAGAUGGCGAUGUCCCUAUCAACAACCAGCCACAUACCACUUCCCAGACCUUAGACGUGACCGGUCGCUCGUCAGGGGCCGGGUCCGCAACUCCCACCUCCCUUGUCUCAUCUCUCGUCUCGACCGUCCGAGCAGCCUCAAGCCCCUAUCCAGGCUCCGCAACCCCUACUGCAAUCGGAGGCAUCAACUCCGACGACACGCAGAUGCUAGAGCAACUCUUUUCUAGCCUGGGAAAUGUCUGCAUGGACUUGCAAGCAAUCACGACCUCGCCCGAUCCUGACAUGAAGGCUGCACGGGUUCUGCGAAGACGACUCGACGCUGCUAGACGAGUGUUGGACGGGGAGCUCGAUGCUUGA